AUGUCCACGCACCCGACCGGGCGAACAUACCGGAAAACUGCAGGCACCCCGGACUACGAUGACCCCGUCUUCUGGGACAAGAAGUUUGCCACCGGCCAGGAUGUCGGCGAGUGGUUGAACCCAGGCGACGCUCUCAUCGAAGCGGUCAUAUCCGACCUCCAGAGCAGGCCCCUGAGGGAAGCAAAAAGACCGAAGGUGCUACAUCUAGGCCCGGGCAUUUCCAAACUGGGUGCAAAAGUCCGCGACUCGUUUGUGGCACAGGGUUGGGCGGGUAAUGGCAUUGUGAAUGCCGACUUUUCCGCCGAAGCGGUCCGACUGGGGCUAGAAGCUGAGAAGGAGAAAGACCCGUCCGAAGCGAUGCACUGGGUUCAGGUCGAUCUUCGGUCCUGGGAUGAUGUGGCCAAGCUCUUGUCAUUCGCGCCCUUCGAUAUCAUCUUGGACAAAAGCACGAGCGACGCGAUCGCAACCUCUGCCCCCGCGAUAUUCGCGUUCCCCGACAUCGCAUCCAACAUCUGCCCGAUCGUCCGCGAGAUUGUCGAGACAAGUGGCGAUAUUACCCUGUCCCCUGUCGAGUUGCUGGGCUUACACCUCGCGUCCUUGACGGAGGGAGGCACGAUAUGGGUCAGUCUUUCGUACUCGACUAUUCGAUUCGAUAAUCUAUCCCACCUGGCGGCUCACUGGACUAUCGUGUCCCGGACACCGUUGAAAGCGCCCCAAGGCGAGGCGUCUUCGUUUGCAUACACACCGGAGGUAUUCCAUUGGAUCUACGUCCUUCGCCGCAAGUAG